ACUUCUCUAUGUAUCUGUGCUUAUUUAUGUCCUUUUUGCUGCUGCAACAGCCGAAUUCCUCAUUUUAUCUACUAUAUUUAUUUAAUGGUUUAUCUGAUCUCUUAUCUUACAGUAUCUUUGACUUCAUAUUGAUUGCUCUGACAGUUUCAUUAUGUGACAAUAACAUAUCUUAUAAUCAUGUCUAUGGUCUGUCUCCUGCAGGAUCUCCUCCUCAUCAUGUCCGACUCCUGCAGAACUGAAUUUGAUGCCAGGGCCGCAUUUCAGGCCUCUAAAACUUCUGAUCCAAAACUUUGUGUUCAGUUCUACGACAGCUGGGCGGAAAACUAUGAGGAGGAUCACAACCUGAUGAGCUACAGAGCACCCCACCUGGCAGUAGACUUCCUGUCGGAUAACUUCCCAGGGAGUCGUGGAGAAGCUCGUGUUCUGGACGUAGCCUGUGGGUCUGGAGGGAUUGCUAAACUGAUGGUUGAACUGGGCUUCAAGCACUUUGUGGGAGUGGACGGCAGUCAAGGCAUGCUGGAUCAAGCUGCUAAGACCGGCCUCUAUAAGGAGCUCAAACUGGCCUUACUGGGAACAGAGCAACUGCCUGCACCGACUGGUGCAUUUGAUGUGGUGAUCAUCAACGGUGCUCUGGAUUCUGGUUUUGCACCAGUCAGUGUUGUCAGGGAGCUCUGCAACGCCGCCAAACCAGGUGGUUUUGUCUGCAUGUCGAGAGGUGACCACACAGGAACAGCAGGAGAUGAAUACAAGAAGGAUCUGGAGAGAGAGCUGCAGCUGAUGGAGGAGGAGGGACUGUGGAGUCCAGCAGGACUCAAACUGGCCGACAGAUACAUGGAGGACCCACAUCUGAGCCCUGAGAGAGUCAAGGAGCUGCCGAAGGAGGAGCGAUACAUCACUGGGACCGUUUACCUGUACAAGAAAUCCAUCCUUUCAAAUUAAAUGAUCAAACAGAAAUCGUGAGAUUCAGUUACAAAAUGUGAUUAUACAUGAUGCAAUGCAAUCCGAUGUAACGUAUGUCAGUAAAAGAUAUUUCACCACAAAUAUGUUGAAAUAUCAUGUUUUAUCAGCUUAACUUGAGCCCAUUCCCACAGUUUUCACUCUUCAUACAUCAUUUCUGCUCAAAAUGUAAGAGACUUUCACAUUCGGCCUCAACAGUCUGAACGUGACCGUAACUCUAAGCAACUGCCCCAUAAUCAGACAUGUUAACGGUGACCAAAGACUUUGUGGAGGCAGCGAAGAACACCAGUUCUCUAACAUGUUAGACAGUAAACACACAAGCUUCACACCAAGUGUUCAUCAGAGGGUCCUCAUUCCUCAUGUAAAAUAUCUCAGCAAUAUAAGUUACGGUCCCUCAUCUUUCAUACAUUAUUAGUUUUAAACUUUCAAAGUCAGCAAAGAUACUGAAGGUCUUCAUACAGCUCUUAACUAAGAUGAGCUAAAUAUCAGCAUGUUGGCUCUUCUCGCAGGUUUCACUUAUAAAAUGAAUUAAGGUCCCAUUCUAAUGUCUGUUUUACAGCCAUGUGUGUGCCUGCCCCCCCCCAUCACAAUAGACCGGAUGAGGUUUGUUUUCCACUCAGAUACCAGUUUAUUUAUUUUAGCUUCCACCUUCACGUGUUGUCAGGUUGCACGUGUUGUCAGG